AUGGCGGAGAGCAACAGCACCUCCCCCGGAAACCCGGACCCCAUCGCCGGGUCCGACCCGCAGCACGUCCCGGCCGAGGAGAAGCGGCCGGCCGAGGAGCACAUCGAGGACGCCCCCGGCGGCAGUGACAAUGGCAAUGGGUCGGUGCCCAACUUGCACAAGAAGGGCGCGCUGGGAUUCAUCCAGCAGCAGCACACCAUUCCCACCACCGGCGGCGUGAUGCCGACGGGAAAGUGGGAGUACAUUUUCUUUUGCAUCUACUACUUUUCAAACAAUGGCGCUCCCAUUGGUGGUAACGGUGGUGCCCUGCGACAGGCCCUCACCUCCCAGGCCUUUCCGGACAAGAUUGUCCACUGGGGCGGCCAGCAUCUCAACUUAAACUCCUUCCUCCUCGACAUCACCGGCAUCCUCUUCGCCGCCCAACUCGUCACGCUCCUGACCGUCGGUCCGUACGCCGACUACGGGAACUGGCGCCCUUGGAUCAUGAUCAUCGCCCAGAGCAUCCUCUACAUCUGCCAGUUUGCCAUGUGCGGCAUCAACCAGCCUGGGCAGUGGCAGGCCGCGCAGGCCCUGUACGUCAUCGGAUCGCUCGCCGCCAACAUUGCCACGGCGUUUUACACGGCCACGUUUCCUAGCCUGGUGCAUAACCUCCCCAAGGUGCUCAAGUCUGAGCAGGACGUGCGAGAUGGCGUCAAGUCCCCCGAAGAGCACGCCGAACUCGACUCCUACGAGCGAUCCAAGCUCUACAACCUCUGCAACAUCACCGGCUCCGCCCUCGUCGUCGUCUUCUACGCCAUCGCCGUCGGCAUCUCGGCCGGCAUCGGCUUCGACACCCCGGUCAAGCUCAUCCGCUCGUACAACGUGCUCAUGGGCUACUUUGGCGCCCUCACCGUCAUCUGCACCGUGCCCUUCUUCCUCGUCCAGAAGCACAGGCCCGGCCAGCAGCUUCCCGAGGGCACCAGCUUCUGGUCCGUCGGCUUCAAACAAAUUUGGAGUGCUAUGAAGUCGGCAAAGGAGCUCCGCCAGUGUCUGCUUUACCUCCUCGCCUUCUUCAUGCUGCAGGAGACCUUUGGAACCUACUUUAACAUUACCGGCAUUCUCCAGAACGAGGUCAUCAACUAUUCGCCUCUGAAGCUGAACGCCAUGAGUCUGGUUGCAGACUUGUCUGGUGGCUCAGGUACCGUCUUUGUCUUGCUUCUGCAAAAGAAGUUCCGCUUCUCUGUCAAGGCCGGCGUCUUCUACGGCGCAUGCAUGACUCUCGUGCCGAGUCUGUGGGGAGGCAUAGGUCUGUUUACGGACAAGAUUGGGUUCAAGAAUGUCUGGGAAUUCUGGCUCGCACAGGCCUGGAACUUCCAAACCGCAGCCUGGGGAUCCUACCAAAUCACCAUGAUCUCCGAGGUCGUUCCGGCCCCCAAGGCCUUUCUCUUCUUCGCCCUCUUCAACUGCGUCGGCAAGACGUCCGGCUUCAUCGGGCCCUUCAUCUCCUCGGCCAUCAUCGAGCGCGCCCACGGCCGGACCAACGCCGCCUACUGGUUCCUCUUCGCCAUGGGCUCCGUCGGCUGCUUCGCGCUCUGGUUCGUCGACACGGAUAAGGCGAAGCGGGACAACGCCCGGUACCUAGAGCGCGAGGCGGCCGAGUACUACAGCACGCGGCAGAUUCAGGAGUCGCAGAACGAGAAGGCUGAGAGCACUGCCACGGCGUGA